CGUAACUAGUGACAAUACCACGAUGAAGACUAUCGCUCUGUUGAUUGGCGCCUUGGCCCUGGCCAACGCCUCCGUUGAUUUGUCCAAAGUGAAACGCAUUGAGGAGUUGGACGAGUUUUGGGCACAGCUCGAUCCGCAACUACAGAUGCUACGCCCAACACAAGCACUCCCGGAAAGCAAAAUAGUCAACGGCCAGGAAGCCCAACCAGGACAGUUCCCGUAUCAGGCGUUAGUACUGAGUUUCUUCAGUGGCGGCAACUCCGGAUUAUGUGGUGGUACUGUGUUAUCGCAAAACUUUGUGAUGACUGCUGCCCACUGUGUUGUAAUCGGAACAGAGGCCACUCAUGGAACGGUCGUCCUCGGAGCUCACAACCGACAGGUCGUGGAAGCCACACAGCAGAGAAUCGAUUUCGCUUCAAUCAACGUCCAUCCAAGCUACAUUGCAUCGUUAUUGCGGAACGAUAUCGCUACCAUUCGACUGGCCACGCCAGCAGUGUUCAACAAUGUUGUUCAACCGAUCGAUCUACCGGCACGGUCGGACACUCGCACAUUCGCUGGCCUAACGGGUAUUAUUUCGGGUUUCGGACGAACAACGGAUGAGACCGGUUCGCCUGCUUCCGAUGUUGUCAUGUACACCAGCAACCCAAUUCUUACCAAUGCCGACUGUCAAUCCUCGUGGAAUGCUAUUAUUAUUCAGGCACAAAACAUCUGCCUUUCCGGAACUGGUGGUCGUUCGGUAUGCAAUGGUGAUUCCGGUGGCCCAUUAGCCGUUCGGGAUAAUGAUCGCAGUCUUCAGGUAGGUAUUGCAUCCUUCGUCCACGCAAGCGGAUGUGCCUCCGGUUUUCCCGCCGGAUUUGUCCGCGUCACGCACUAUCUGACUUGGAUCGGUGAAAACUCUGAUGUUGUACUGCGAGAUUAGAGAUUCAUCACAAUAGUUGAUUUUAUGUUUUAAAUAAAAAUAGAUAAUCUGUGUUUUAGUUA